AUAAUUUGACGAGUGCAUAACACGCGCGACUGAACCACAAUAUUACAGCAGCUCCGUAGCUAAGUUGCACACCGUUGUUACUGGUUCCAUCAAUGCCGACAGUUGUUGACAACACGAACUUCAAAAUUGUGUCUUUACGGCCGUUCGUACGACAUGAAUGAAACUGCGUCUCAAUACAAUAAUAAAUCAUUAUUAUAUUCGUUUUACAAUCACACGAUAGUAUCUGUGCAAUUUUUACGAAUAUAAUGAUACGGGGCGUUGUUAUGCGCUAUAGAUGUGAUUUUUGUAAUUAGAAAAUCUUUACAAAAGCCAUAUCCAAUGCUGAAAAUUUGUAAGAUUUUAACUACACGAAAAAUCGGGACUGAAGACUGUCGCAACAGGUACUUGUGAAAACAUUAGAAUGGAGAAUAAUUCAAAAAACGAAGACUAUGACAAUCAAGGAACUAGUACAGUGAUAAAGAAAGAUGAAACUUCUACAAUGCCCCAAGCUGUACAAAGUUGUUCCGAUACAAAGGCACCGAUAGAUUCUAAAAAUACUCAAGUUCGCGUUGUUAGGGGUAAUAAAAAAGUGAAAUUAGAUGUUGGCGAUAGUAAUAAUUCUGAAAAGAAAGAUUCUAAAGACGAAGAAAAUAAUACAGAGAUAAAGGUAAAGUCGAUCAAAAGAUCUUGCGAAUUAUGGUCUAUGGAAGACAAGAACGACUUCUUCAAAGCCUUAAAUGAAUUUGGAAAAGAUUUUGACGCGAUGCAAAGUUAUUUUCUAUGUCAGGGGAAAAAAAAAGGUCUACCAGACGUUAUGAUAAAGAACAAAGAACAAAUAAGACACUUUUAUUAUAGAACGUGGCUAAAAAUUUCAAAACACUUGAAGUUUUCAGAAGAUGUGAAAAAGACUUCUCAGGAGUUAUAUUGUCUAAUUAAUUAUGGUGAACUCAGAAGAAAAUUACCACGAAUACAUGAAAAAAUACAAUUAAAAUUAAACGAAUUAGUUUAUUGGGGAUAUACGCAAGUCAGGCUUAGAGGAAAAACUAUGAGAAUUAAAACACCUAUAUGCAGAGCACUCAGAAAGCUCAAUCAAUUGGAAGAUUGGCAGGAAGAAAUUAAAUUACCACCACGAAUAACAAUCGAAUUGAGACCUCGUAACAAUAUGGCAUGGUGGCAAGUACAAGUAUCUGCAAUGAAUCCAAGAGUACGCAUCUUAUUACCUAUACAAAGACGUUUGUCUAGUUUGUUAAUAUUUUUGCAACAAAGAUGGAGGCCCGCAAAAUAUAAUACAGCUCCUAAUCUAGAGAAUACUAUCAUCAGUGAAAUGAAGGAUAUUCGACUGUUACGAGUGGCACCUCCGGACGGGUCCAAAAUUACUUUACCAAUGGUGAAUAUUGGAGAAUAUCUUACCAGUAAGAGCGUCAGUUUAAAUUCCUACGAAAAACGUAUGGGACUGAAAAGUUCUAAGAUGGAUAUGUUAGGAUCGGUGCAAUGUUUAAAAGGUGUUGGGAAGAAGGGAAUUAAGAAAACAAAGAUAGACAAGAAAUCUGCAAAUCAAUUGGAGGAUAAUUGCACCUUGCCAGAUAAUAACAGUGAUGUGGAUGUGAUAGAGCCUGGCAAUAAUGUUUCAGAGAAAUCGUCGCUUCCUAACAUUUCAGAAAAGUUAACGCUUGAACAACAACAAACGAAACCCAAUAGGUUCCCAGGAAGGGAAACGAUCGAAAGAAUUCGAAAAGGAUGGAACGUUGAAGAAGCGAACACUAUCACCAUAGGAGACCUCUUUUUGAUGUUUGGUCGCGAAUCUAAGAUUACUCUAGAGUAUGGGUGGGAUUGGAAUUCACGAGAACAAAAUGCUGGAGAGGCUACAUCACUCAGUUUACGCGACGAUAAUUUAUGUUUAACUUUGCAAAAGUUAUUGUCGAUAGCAAAACACAGUUACGGGACGAACAAAGUGUACGAUAAUAGUUCUACAAGUAACGAAACUGUAAUUUCAUGUCGUAUGGUUUCAACAAAGGAAUCGACCUUUAGAAGACCGCUUAUUCCACAAACUUAUCAUAAAAUUGGUACGCCAGAUGCUUUUAAAACACAGUUAGACAAGUUCAAGACGCGCUUCUCUAAACGAGGUAGGACUGUAAGGCAAAAAAGUCUUGUUGUACAAAGGAUGUUGCCAGUAAUAUCUGCAUCAAGUACUUCGCCAGAAGGUUUAACACCUAAUUCUCAAGAGACAAUUAAACCAAAUGAUUCUCCUUUCAAUAAUAAUGAUCAACAAGACGUUAAACCGCCGAUGAUAGACGUGAGCGAACCAGAAGAGAAAAACUUUUUAGUUGAACUUGAAGUGGCGAGAGAUUCAAAACCUACGAAUUCGAUCAUAACUAGCGCUACACAAAUUCUGAAAGAGGGUGAUCAUCAAUGGUUGAACAGCGAAGUAGCUGACUUCUCGUUAAGUAGUUUUUUGGGCCAACUUGAAUCUCCCAUAAAAGUCUCACCAAGAAGCCAAAAUGUGGAACAUAUAGAAGAUAUUCGACCAUCGUCCGAUGUUAUAUCGCAUAUGCAGUGUCUGAUGGGAGAAAAUAGCGUAGAUUAUCUGGCGAAAUUUGCAAAUCUCGCAUCGCAAAUUGCAUCGGAUGAAAAUAAAAAAUAAGAAUAGAAAUAAAUUAGUCAAAUUUUGUAUAUCUUUGAACGAGGCGUUUAACAGUUUAAAAUCUAAACCCGAUCGUAUCUUGUAAUCGAUGUGUAUAGCGUUAUUAGAAUUGAUUUACAUAUUUUACUUUUUGAUAUUUCAUUUACAGACCACAUGAAACAAUAACAACG